AUGGACCCAGUCAAGUACAUUUUUGAGAAACCUGCUCUCACCAGACGGAUCGCUCGGUGGCAGGUUCUGCUAUUUGAGUUUGACAUUGUUUAUGUCACUCAAAAGGCUAUAAAGGGAAGCGCGUUGGCAGACUAUCUAGCUCAACAGCUCCACAACGACUACCAACCCAUGCACCCGGAAUUCCUGGAUGAGGACAUCAUGGCCUUGUUUGAGGAAAAUGUGGAGGAUGAGGAUAGGGAUAAGUGGAUUGUGUGGUUCGAUGGCGUGUCCAACAUCCUGGGCCAUGGAGUUGGGGCAGUUUUGGUCACUUCCGACAAUCAAUGCAUACCCUUCAUGGCAAGGUUGGGCUUCAAUUGCACGAAUAAUAUGGUUGAAUACGAGGCAUGCGCCCUUAGGAUCCAAGCAGUAAUUGACUUCAAUGUCAAAUUGCUCAAGGUAUAUGGAGAUUCAGCCUUGGUGAUUCAUCAAUUGAAAGGAGAAUGGGAGACCAGGGAUCACAAAUUUCUACCCUAUCAGGCCUACAUCAAGAAGCUGACAGAGUUCUUUGAUGAUAUCUUCUUCCACCAUGUUCCCAGAGAAGAGAAUCAAAUGGUCAAUGCGCUUGCUACCCUAGCAUCCAUGUUUCAACUAACCCCACAUGGAGACUCUUCGUACAUCGAGUUUAGAUGUUGCGGCAAGCUUGCACAUUGUUGCUUGAUAGAAAAGGAGCAAGAUGGUAAACUGUGGUACUUUGACAUUAAGCGAUACGUCAAGGACGAGGAGUACCCAUGGGAGGCUUCCGACAACGACAAAAGGACGUUGUGA